CAAAUCGUAAAGAGAAAGAAGAAGAAGAAGAAACAAUCGAACGAUGUCGUCGAAAGAUCCAAUUUCAAGUUUCUGCAACGCAUUGGAAUCAUUCUGCAAUCAUCUUCAAUCUUCUUCCAAUGCUCUCAAACAAUCCAUCAAUCGUAGACCUAUUCCUCUCGAUUCUGCAUCUUCUACCUUCGUUCAAUGCCUCAAUCGUCGUGUAUCAACCGCAACCUCCGAUCUAGAAAUGCUCGAUUCGAAAUCGUUCGGCACAGUUUCUUUUGAAGAGCUUUUAGGUCAUUGCAAUGAAUUGUAUAAGAAGAAUCAAACCGAUAUAAUUCAACUCGAAGAUCGUCUUAAAAGCUAUGGAUACGUUCCAGCUUCGGAUAUUGACGAGGAAGAUGAAGUUUACGAUACACAACCUCAGAUUUCGGACGAUAAAUUGGAUAGUCCUUCUUCUUUCUAUGGAUCACUCUCUGUGGCAAAGUCUAGCUUCAAAAAAUUCGAAGAAGAUGCAUUACUUGAUGAAUCUUUGAGUUUGAAACAGCUUGGGCUAUCAGAUGCAUGUCUAGCCACUUUAGCAUCUGAAGAUAAUGUACCUUCACAAGGCCUUGAGAAAGUACUCAGUUUAGAGGCAGACAAUGAGAAUCUAAAGUCACCCGAAGCUCCCAGCCCCACUUUGAUUGUAUUAAAGAGCGAAUUUGAAUGUCUUCCGGCCUACAUUAAGGUUCUAGCAUCAUGGGAGGAUCUACUUGUAGCUGUUGAUAAGAUUAAUUCAAGCCUAAGCAAGAAGACCAGUGAAUGCAACUUCUUCCGUCAAGAUGAUAUUCCUUCAUUUGAUUUAGGGCCUAAAGCAAGAUCAUAUUUGCUGCUUUUAGUUCGCAUGAAUCGUAUGGUUGUUGAGACGAUUGAUGGUCUAUUAUCGUACAGAAUAUUGUAGAUAUGAGAUGCAAUGGAAACAUUUGUCAUCCUCUGAUUUGUCGUUUUGUUGUAACUUAGCAUUCCAAGAAUCACUAAUUACAUGGUUUGAACUUUGAAGUGUUCUAUCAUUUUGGUUUAUUAAAUAUGUUCCAUUCCUUUUUGAGGUUCA